AUGCACUCGGGUGACUCGGCUCAGCAUGAGCCAGGAGGCGCAUGCCGGUCAAUGCAGUCGAAGAAACACGAGGAUCUCAUUGAUCUCGAUAUGGCUGUCCCCAAGACCUGGUACCUCCUACCUCUCUAG